ACGCAUGUCGCUGGCAGCGCUUUCUCUGGCCCUGACCCUGGCUCUGGUUGCGGCCCUGCCGCAGGGACGUCUGCUCGGCGGCGAGGAUGCCAAGGUGGCCGAGUUUCCCUAUGUGGCAUCGCUGCGUCUGAACAAGGCGCACGUGUGCCAAGCCGCCAUCAUAUCCCAGACACAAAUGCUGACCGCCGCCCACUGUGUGUCUGAUGUGGGCGCCAAUCCCGUUUCGGCUAGCGAGCUAAGCGCUCGCGUGGGCAGCAUCAAUCAGUUUGCUGGCGGGGAACUGGUGGACAUCAGCGAGGUGCUCAUCCAUCCCUCGUAUGGCAACUUUCUGCACGAUCUGGCAAUACUGACGCUCAGCAAGCCACUGACCUUCAGCGAGAAGGUAAACAAAAUUGAGCUGCCCGCGGCACCAGAGGAGGGCAGCAGCGAAGUGGAUGAGGAGGAGCAGCCGCCAAAUGGCACGCCCGUCUAUGUGGCUGGCUGGGGCGAGCAGGCGGACGGUUCAUCCAACUACAAGCUACAGAAGUCCAACCUGAACACGUUGAGCAAACCCCAAUGUGAACUAUCCGCUGGCUAUGGCUACGACUCUGUGCUGUGCCUGUCCAGAGCCGAGAAGCAGGGCGUCUGCCGCGGCGACGCUGGCGCCGCUGUCGUUGAUGACGACAGUGUGUUAUUGGGCUUGGUAAGCUUCUUCUGGGGCAACUGUGGCACCAUUUACCCCGACGUCUCCACCCGCAUCUCCUACUAUAUCAGCUGGAUUGAGGCCAAUAUGAAGUAAUGCAGCAGCUAGGAAAUCGUAAACCCUUUUUUUUUGAUAUUUUUUUCUUGUGCAAUAAGCUGAGUGGAGUGUAA